AUGGGUAAAGCUAAAGAAACUUGUCAACCAAUGAGUGAGACUGGUAAAGCUACAGAGACUAGUGGGACUGGAGAAGCUGGAGAGGCUAAUGUGAACUACAUUCUGCAUCGUAGCUCAAAUGAUAUCCUUGUAUUUGAAGUAAGUGACUUGCAAACAGACACAUGGAGACUGGCUUCACAACCAUCCAUAAACGUACUAAUCAAAAACCAGCUUAAUGAGUUCCUUAGACCUUCCUCAAAAGAGAUCAGUGGAGGUGGAGCAGACUUUAGUGAUGUCUUAGGAGGUGUACAGUUUAACCUACACAAAUAUAAAAACACAAAAUUUUCUCCAGGACUUUCUGUGGCUUUCAUUAUUAAGGCUAAUCAGAAGACUUACUGUAUGUGCUGCACAGAAGAUAUGAAGAUUAGCUUCAAGCAACAAGACUGUCCCCAAAUCAUUAGGGGAGACACCAGCGACAUUAUAUUCUAUCAAAAAACGUUCUCAAGAGGCACUACAAACAGCUUUUACUUUGAGUCUGCAUUACGACCAGGAUACGCUCUGGCUUGCCAUGAAGAGGAUGGGAAAAAAAAACUAGUGCUUAAAAAAUCUUCUGAUGAGCCAGACAGAGCAGAUGAAACGCGAAAAUUAGAUCUAGUAAAAAAUUAGUUUAACGUCCAGUGGGAUUUAUGUAGCUUUUUUAGGGAAAUAUAAACUGUACAACUCAUAUUCAUUAAACGUGCUCACGGUUUAAGACAA